UGGUGGCAGGAAUUCUAAAACUCCAGGGAAUGGAUUAGUCAGUGCCUGCCUAAUGGAGAAGGGCCCUCAGUGCAGCCAGGCUUGAGAUGGGGUUAUGUUAUAGCAGGAAACCUGGGGAUGUGUCCCCAUGGUCUGAGAGGGUCAUAUCUGGCACGACUGACAAGAGCCUUGUGCCUGAUAGAAGUUCAGUGAUGGAUUCGCCAGAAAAAAACAGAAUAGCGACAGAAGCCCUGGAAUCAGGACAGAUGGUCCAUGCUUUGACACAGCUGGAAGAAUUGGAACUGUGCCUAAAAGCAGCAGAAGAAAAGACUAAGACAUUAACAGAGCGGCUUGUGGUGUCUGAAGAAAUUAAGUCAAAAUUACUUGAACAAGUGUCCUGGCUAGAAGAACAACUAGAGGCAGCUGACAAUAAAGUAGCAAGGGGGCAACCAUGUGAAGACAUCAUGCAUGCCAAAAAUCAGUACAUAGAAAAAUUGCAAGCUGAAGUUAAAGCUUCACAAGAACAACUUGCCACUCAUAAACUUAAGCACAAAAGGAAAAUGAAAAAGCUACAGACUGAUUUGGCAACAGCUAAGCAGGAGGCUGCCAUCACAGUUAUGGAACUCAAUGAGAAGAUAAAGGCUUUAUAUGAAGGAACGCCAACCCCUAGAGAAGGAAACUCUCUGGAAGAGUCCUGCCAAGGCCUUCCACCUGUGGAAGAAGGAGAUAGAAGAAUUAGUCUGAUUAUGGAGUUGUCUACACAAGUGUCACUACAGACAGAGAAGAUCAAUCUGUUAGAAGAAGUUUUAGAGGAAAAGGAAAAGAAGAUACAACAGCUGGAAGCAGAGAGAGCAUUUGCAAUGGUCAAAAUUGAAAAUAUUUCAGAAGCACCAAGUGCUUGUAAUGAUAACAAUACUUUUGUGGACAUUGAUGACAAUUUGUAAAGAUUGCUUAGUAAGCAGACAAUAAAAGUUUAUUAAGUCAUCAAGCUAGACAGCAAACUGAAGUAACCUCACUAUGUAUCAGUCUCAAGGUCAAGAGAAUCUGUUGGAAAAAUAGAGGAAAGGGCUAAGAAGCAAAUGCAAAAGUCAGCCUUUGAAUCCCCCCAUUAUAUAGCCAGCAUCAAUCUGCAGGAUCUAGGAAAGCAGGCUUUCAAUCAGAAUUCUAAUAGUGUUUGUAAAUCAUUCCCAGGUUUCAGUGACAGUGGGGUAUAUGGGGGGAGAGAGACACAGAAGAAGUUAAGUAGUGAAGGAACUGAUUAAAACUGUCCUUGGAGGAAGAAAAUAACUCAAACUCCUUUUAUAUGCAGCUGUAUUGUAAAAGGAGAAUUGGAGCAGUGAAAAGGUUUGAACUGGUGAACUCUCCUGGGAAGGUGCCAGAGAAGGAGAAGCAUUACUAGUUUAGUAAAUAAGCCUGUUCUCUGUCCUUUUAUUUUUCGGGGUUUUUUUCUUUAGGUAUGCAUUUUGGUUACAUUUAGAAAGGGUUUGUUGAAAUGAAACCAAAGAAAUUAGAAGAACAAGAAGAGGUAGGUUUUGUAGAAUAUUCUCCUCCCCUGACAAAAACCCUCAAUAAACUCAUCUUUCUAUUAAGAGAAAAGUUAUGUUUUA